GGAAAUCAUGGUUGGAUAUGGACUUGAUGAACAAGACAUUAUGUUUAUCAAGGAGCUCAUCUUUGGCCCAAAUCCACCUGCUGAGAGGAACAAUCAACUGCCAAUGCAACAUGCAGAUCCAAAUUGGCCCUACAAAGGAAGAACAGAGGAUAAGUCCUACUUGUAUGAGAUUGUGGCCAAUAAAAGCACAGGUAUUGAUGUCGACAAAAUGGAUUAUUUCAGUAGAUAUUGCCUCCAUCUGGGAAUGAAAAGCAACUUCUCCCAUGAGCGCUACAUGAAGUUUGCACGAGUUUGCACCACUGAGAACAACGAAAGGAAGAUCUGCAUGAGAGAUAAGGAAGCACUGAAUAUGUACGAACUCUUUCACGUUCGCUACCUGCUCCACCAAAACGCCUACCAACACAGGGUUUCAAAAGCAAUUGAAAGGAUGAUUAUUGAUGCACUUUUGGCAACUGAAGAUUCAGAGUUUAGGCUGGAUGGCAAGAAAAUCUCUGAGACUGUAUCUGACAUGAGAACAUACCUGAAACUCACAGAUAACAUUCUUGGUGAUAGACAUGUAACACAAAAUGCAAAUGAGAUCAUUGAGAGAAUUGUGAGACGCGAUCUUUACAAAUUUGUUGAUAGCAAACUAUACAGAGGGAGUCUGAUAAGUCUGAACAAUGAUCAUAUGACAACGACACUGCAAAGGUGGCUAAAUCUCUUUGGAGACUUCAGAGUCACAGUAAUUAACUUUGAUUACGGGCAGAGAGAGAACAAUCCCAUCGAUUCUCUGUGGUUCUACAGAAGAGACAAUGUCAGGACAGCCAUAAAGCUGAGGGAAGAUGAGGUCUCUUUCAUUAAGCCAGCAGUCUUUCAGGAAACCAAGGUCUUUCGGUUCUACACGAAAAGCACUGCCCACGGCCUAAAUGAUGAGCAGCUUGCCAUGUUAUGGGACAUAAUAGAGGAAGAAAUCGAGCACCAGCAACACAAUUGAAUGAGAAUUUAAAAGCAUUAGAUUGUGUGUGUUCAGAUAAUCUGUGUUUUCCUAUAUUUAGUCAUUGAGUAAACGUCAAUAUUUUUUACUUACUUUUCACUCACAAGAUUACAGAGUUCCAUAUAUACAUCAUGUAAACAACUUUCGUUGAAAAAUGAUCAGGCAAACAAUUAGGCCACAGGUGGAUGGAUUAUCCUUAAAAAGUGAAAGUAAUUUGUGCACAAGAGCCAAUAUAGUUUGGUUUGUUCCUGUAUAGACACUGCUAAUAGUGUAGUGGUGUGUACAAAAAAAAACACAUAAUUGUUCACAAAAUAACAGUGCUAAAAAUGUUUACAGGAAAAACAAGUAGGAAUAAUGUGUCCUUUACAUACUUAUCUUUAUUUUUACAAUAAUCAUAGGUUUGAAUUAAGGAUAUUAUUGAUUUCUAUAGGUCUUUUUUUUUACACUUUGCUUAAACUUGGGUUCUCCUCAUUCUAAACCCGGAUUUACCCCCAGGUAGAGAAAUGUAUUAGUUUGAUAUAAAAAAAAAUUGUCAACUAUGUGACUUUUUUUAACUUUAAAAACACUACCUAUAAUCAUCUCUAUUAUUUUAAUGGUGGAUUGUCCUAAAAAUGCCUUUUGCUGUUUUCAAAAUGUAACUAUAGGUCUCUUCAAUAUACAUGAUAGAAGGAUGUACUGUACAAGCAGCUGUAAAAUAAACAUACAUUUUUAGAGGGUGUUAAGGGGAUUCAUAAAAUAAAUUCA